AUGUUUGAAUAUAUUGAAAUAAUUUUAAAAGUCAUUCAUCUCCAAGAUCAGCCAAUUAAGCAUUUUGUAUUCAUUCCUAACUUAUCUUUUGGUCAGUUAAAAUCAUCACGGAUUUACAAUUAUUAUAAAAAAUUACCACUAAGAGCUACUAAUGUUUUUAUCCAUGCAUAUUUUAUAACAAAUGAGGCAGAUACAGUGACUUUGUCAACAGUUGAGUGGUUCAGUCCACAUGGAUGUAAUCGUCCAAAUCUUCACAAAUUGAACGUGUUUGAUAAAAAAUCACAAAAAUGGAGUUCAAAGCUAAAAGAUUAUGAAAAAUUUUUGAACUACCACAAUUGCGAAUUAGUAAUGAUGUUGCCAGUUCCUCUUGAUGAUGGAUUAAUUUACCACAUUUCAGGAUUUGCGAUUAUAAAUGAUGAUAAUACGAAUUUUAAGAUUUUUGGUAUUUCACCAGUAAUAUUUGAAAUGGCUGCAAAACUUCACAAUUACAGACCUUCUUAUCAACCUGCUUAUAUAGGUCCUUAUUGGAUGCAAAUAAUAGAUGAAGAAGCAAUUGAUUUAGAGGAAAUUAAUGGAAAAAUCAAAGAAAUUAAUGUUUAUUUUGAAAUUUCUGCUAUGACAGGAAUGGAUCGCUGUUUACAAGUGUCAAAAGUUGUAACAAAUUUAAAAACUAAUAUUUUUGUAACUCCUGGUGAUAAGUAUACACCGUACGAAAAAUUUACUUUACCUUUUGAUGUGAAUACAUGGAUUUUGCUGUUUAUGACAUUUGCGACUACAUUUUUGACUAUAUUAAUUAUUAAUCGGCUAUCAAAAUCCACGCAGAACAUUGUUUACGGUGAUAAAGUUGAAACACCAAUUUGGAAUGUAAUUCGAAUAUUUUUUGGCAUUUCUCAAACUAAAUUGCCAAAUAAAAAAUUUUCGCGGUUUAUUUUAAUGAUUUUUAUUUAUUUCUGCUUGAUUUUUCGAACAUGUUUUCAAAGUAAAUUUUUUGAGUUCAUGACAAGUGAACCAAGACAUCCACCACCAAAAACUAUCGAAAAUCUAAUUGAUAGAAAUUACACCAUUUACUCAACACAAUCUACAAAACAUUUAUUCGAAAUCGAAGACGAAUCUUUAAAAUUGUUGAAUGUUAAGUCAGCAGAUCCAUUUGGUUUUCUGGAUGCAUACAUAACACAAUCACAAAAUUCUUCAGCGAAAAUGGCACUUACAGUUGACGAUGCAUUUGUGAAUUACAUUAAUUCAAAGCUCAUAAAACGAAAUCAUGAAUGGAACAAACUUGAAACAGUUCUGGUUACUAGUCAAGACGUUUUCUAUUUUUAUGGGGCUGCUUACACUACAAGAAUGUUAUUGAAAAUUAUCGAUAAUUUGAUUCCAACUGGAGUCAUGAAAUUUUUAAUCGAGGAAUAUUAUACACGAAAAUGGAAGUUUGCAAAAGAUGAAAAGGGUCCAAAAAUUUUAACAGUUGAUGAUCUUGCAUUUGGUUUUAAUAUAUGGCUCGGAUCAUGCUGCAUAUCUAUUGUAGGAUUCAUUAUUGAAUUCAUCAUAAAAUUUAUAAGGAAACCAGUAAAAGUUAAAUACGCAAAAGUAUAUCCUGUUAAUGAGGAAUCUUAUUCUGAUCGUUAUGACAGGUUAGAUCUAGAAUUAGUUCGUAAAUUUAAAGCUAAAGCUUGGAUUACAAAUAAUUUAGUCAACGAAAAUUUAAGUGAAGAAAUUGAAUAUAAAACUUUACCACAAACAAAUGAAGAUAUUGAUAUUAAAACUAAUAUGUUGUUUGGAGUAAAGAUAGAGACACAAGUAGAAAUGGCAACUGACUUGUCAUCUUAA